AAGUACCUGCGCCGUCGGAAGUACUCCCUCUUCGCUGCCUUCUACUCAGCCACCAUGCUCCAAGACGUGGACGACGCCAUCCAGUUUGAGGUCAGCAUUGGCAACUACGGCAACAAAUUUGACAACACCUGCCUGCCCUUGGCCUCCACCACGCAGUACAGCCGGGCCGUCUUUGAUGGUUGUCAGUAUUACUACCUGCCCUGGGGCAACGUGAAGCCCGUGGUGGUGUUGUCAUCCUACUGGGAAGAUAUCAGCUAUCGGACUGAUGCCCAAAACCUUCUCCACCAUGCAGCAGACAGGCUGGAAGCAAACCUGGAGAAAGUCCACCUUGCUCUCAAGUCCAACCGCUCACCGAGCGAGCUGUAUGCCCUGGGUGCCCAGCUGAUGGAUGACAUCAUUGCCGACUGCAGACUGAGCCUGCCCGACGUCCUGGGGAAGCCGGCCAGCACCCACCUGGACCAGAACAUGUACCGGUUUCGCAGCACCAACCUGGAACAGAUAGUGAAGGCAGCCCUGAAGCUCAAGCACGAAGACUCGAGCUUGUCGGUGGCCCUGGAGCAGGCAGAGGACUGGCUCUCCAGGCUGAAGGCCAUGGCAGAGGAGCCCCAAAACAGCCUGCCCGAUAUAGUGAUCUGGAUGCUGCAGGGCGACAAGCGCGUAGCGUACGCCCGCGUGCCAGCCCAUGAGGUCCUCUUCUCCAGGAGCAUCUCCAGCUGCUGCGGCAAGAACUGCGGGAAGCUGCAGACCAUCUUCCUGAAGUACCCCCAGGAGGAAGCAAUGGGUCCGAAGAUCCCAGCCCAGAUCCGUGUCCAGCUCUGGUUUGGGCUGUCGGUCGAUGAGAAGGAGUUUAACCAGUACGCCGAGGGGAAGCUCUCCGUCUUUGCCGAAACUUACGAGAACCAGACCAAGCUGGCGCUGGUGGGGAACUGGGGCACGACUGGCCUGACCUACCCCAAAUACUCAGAUGUCACCGGCAAGAUCAAGCUGCCCAAGGACAGCUUCCGCCCCUCCGCGGGCUGGACCUGGGCCGGGGACUGGUUCAUCUGCCCAGAGAAGACGUUGCUGCACGACGUUGAUGCCGGGCACCUGAGCUUCGUGGAGGAGGUGUUUGAGAACCAGGUCCGGCUGCCUGGAGGCCAGUGGAUCCACAUGACUGAUGCCUACACUGACGUGAAUGGAGAGAAGGUCCUGAAUAAGGAUGAGAUUGAGUGUCCUCCAGGCUGGAAAUGGGAAGACGUGGAGUGGGACACCGACCUCAACAGAGCCGUGGAUGAGAAAGGCUGGGAGUACGGCAUCACCAUCCCACCAGACCGCAAGCCCAAGGCCUGGGUGCCGGCCGAGAAGAUGUACCACACCAACCGGCGACGGCGCUGGGUGCGGCUCCGCCGGAGGGACCUCACGCAGAUGGAGGCCAUGAGGAAGCACAAGCAUGAGGAGCUGGAUGGGGAAGGCUGGGAGUACGCCUCGCUCUUCGGCUGGCGUUUCCACCUGAAGCAUCGCCGGACUGACACCUUCCGCCGCCGGCGCUGGAGGCGCAGGAUGGAGCCCCUGGAGCGCACCGGGGCUGCCGCCGUCUUUGCCUUGGAGGGGGCCCUGGGGGGAGUGACGGACGACAAGAGUGACGAUGGCAAAUCCAUCUCCACCCUCAGUUUCGGAGUCAACAGACCCACCAUCUCGUGCAUAUUUGACUGUGGGAACAGAUACCACCUCCGCUGCUACAUGUACCAAGCGCGGGAUCUGAUUGCCAUGGAUAAGGACAGCUUUUCAGAUCCUUACGCCAUUGUAUCCUUCCUCCAUCAAAGCCAGAAGACAGUGGUGAUCAAGAACACCUUGAACCCCACCUGGGACCAGACACUCAUCUUCUAUGAGAUAGAGAUCUUUGGGGACCCCCAGAACAUAUCUGACUCCCCUCCCAACAUUGUGGUGGAAAUAUAUGACCACGACACUUACGGUGCGGAUGAGUUCAUGGGACGUUGCAUUUGCAAGCCCAGCCUGGCGUGCUCGCCGCGGCUCUCCUGGCACCCGGUCAUCAAGGCGAACAGAAACGUCGGGGAGCUGCUGGCUGCCUUCGAGCUGAUUCAGAGGGAGAAGCCGGCUGUCCAUCACAUCCCUGGCUUCGAGAACGAGCUGUCCUCCAGCCUGGAUGAGUCCGCAGACUCUGACCUGCCGUACCCCCCGCCCCAGAGGGAGCCCAACAUUUACAUGGUCCCCCAAGGAAUCAAGCCGGUCCUGCAGCGCACGGCUAUUGAGAUCCUGGCCUGGGGGCUGAGGAACCUCAAGAGCUACCAGCUGGCCAGCGUCACCUCACCCAGCCUGCUGGUGGAGUGCGGAGGCCAGCUCGUGCAGUCCUGUGUCAUCAAGAACGUCAAGAAGAACCCCAACUUUGAUGUCUGCGUGCUCUUCAUGGAAGUGCGUUUACCCAAGGAGAGCCUGUACAGCCCCCCUAUCAUUGUCAAAAUCAUCGACAACAGGCCAUUUGGCCGAAGGCCCGUGGUGGGGCAGUGCACCAUCCGCUCGUUGGAGGACUUCUACUGUGACCCCUACCGAGAGGAGACGAACGGUCCCCAGGAGCACUCAGAUGAUGUGAGCCUCACGCCCAGGGAUGACAUCCUAAUUGACAUCGAUGACAAAGAGCCUCUUAUUCCAGUCCAGCUUGCAGAGGGUAUGACCAGCUCAGCAUUAAUUAACAUACCAGCUUCUCGGGCCCAGCCUCAUGAGGAAGAAUUCAUUGACUGGUGGAGCAAAUUCUAUGCUUCGACAGGAGAGAGGGAAAAAUGUGGCUCCUAUUUAGAGAAGGGCUUUGACACCCUGAAGGUCUACGAGACAGAGCUGGAGAAUGUGGAGGACUUUGAGCAUCUCUCCGACUUCUGCCACACCUUUAAGCUGUAUCGCGGCCGGUCGCAGGACUCGAAUGACGACCCCUCGGUUGUGGGGGAGUUUAAGGGUUCGUUCAAAAUUUACCCUCUCCCGGAUGACCCGCGAGUCCCAGUGCCACCUCGACAGUUCCACCAGCUGCCGGCCAGAGGACCCCAGGAGUGUCUUGUCAGGGUCUACAUCAUCCGGGCCUUCGACCUCCAACCCAAGGACGCCAAUGGCAAGUGCGAUCCCUACGUGAAGAUUUCAGUGGGAAAGAAAUCCAUAAACGACCAAGAAAAUUACCUCCCCUGCACGCUGGAGCCUGUCUUUGGAAAGAUGUUCGAGCUGAGCUGCACUCUGCCCUUGGAGAAGGACUUGAAGGUCACGCUCUACGACUACGACCUCCUGUCGAAGGAUGAGAAGAUUGGGGAGACCAUCAUAGACCUGGAGAACCGGUUCCUGUCAAAAUACGGGGCGCGCUGUGGCCUCCCCCAAACCUACUGCAUCUCUGGACCCAACCAGUGGCGAGACCAACUCCGUCCUUCCCAGCUGCUUCACCUCUUCUCUCUGCAGCACAACUACAAGGCUCCCACCUACAAGUCCGAUCGGGUCAUCUUCAGGGAGCAAGAGUACAUCCUCUCUGAACUGGAGGACGGCAAACCCCUCAACCCCCACCUGGGGCCGGUGGAGGAGCGUCUCGCCCUGUACGCGCUGCGGAAGCAAGGGCUGGUGCCGGAGCAUGUGGAGACGAGACCUCUUUACAGCCCUCUCCAGCCAGAAAUCGAGCAGGGAAAGCUACAGAUGUGGGUGGACCUGUUUCCGAAAUCUCUGGGUCAGCCUGGCCCCCCUUUCAACAUCACGCCACGCAAAGCCAAGAGGUUCUUCUUGCGCUGCAUCAUCUGGAACACCAAGGACGUCAUCCUUGAUGACCUCAGCAUCACCGGCGAGAAGAUGAGUGACAUCUACGUCAAAGGCUGGCUGGUUGGCCACGAGGAGAACAAGCAAAAGACAGAUGUGCACUACAGGUCUAUGGGAGGAGAGGGCAACUUCAACUGGAGAUUCGUCUUCCCCUUUGACUAUCUCCCUGCUGAGCAAAUGUGUCACAUCGCAAAAAAGGAGCACUUCUGGAGCUUGGACAAGACAGAAAAUAAGAUUCCACCCCAGCUUAUCUUCCAGAUCUGGGACAACGACAAGUUCUCUUUUGAUGACUAUUUGGGCUCCAUUCAGAUGGAUCUCAACAGGAUGCCCAAGCCUGCCAAGACUGCUGAAAAGUGCUCCUUAGAGCUAGUAGAUGAGAGCUUGUCUUCAAGUCGCUUUGUGUCACUCUUUGAGCAGAAAACUGUCAAGGGAUGGUGGCCUUGUGUUGCUGAGCAGGAUCAAAAGAAGAUCCUGGCGGGCAAAUUGGAAAUGACUUUGGAAAUUGUGGCAGAACAAGAGCAUGAAGAGCGGCCUGCUGGCAUAGGUCGGGAUGAGCCAAAUAUGAACCCCAAGCUGGAGGACCCCAAGCGCCCAGAGACCUCCUUCCUGUGGUUCACCUCCCCGUACAAGACCCUGAAGUACAUCCUGUGGCGGCGGUACAAGUGGGUGGUUAUCCUGGCCAUCGUGCUCUUCGUUUUGCUGCUCUUCCUCGGGAUCUUCAUCUACGCCUUCCCGAACUACGCUGCUAUGAAACUGGUGAAACCUUUCAACUGA